AUGAGCAUUGCUAAUCAUGAUAAUACGGAGCCUAUGCUACCACCAGAGCUAGAACGAGCAAUAUUCGAGUGUGCCGCCAAUCUGUUUCCGGGUCUCAUACCAAUGAUGCUUACGGUGGCCAAUAGGGUACUUGAGUGGCUUCGACCUUUUCUCUAUACACACAUAUCCAUCACUCCUCAAUCCCCUUCUCUAUCAGCGCUUCUACACCUUCUCACCACUCUUCCGCCGGCGCACGCAUUCUUCUACGACUCCAAUAUCGCCAAAAGCGUCUUCGUUGGGCAUACCAGAUGGCUCAACAAUGAAACCAUGCUCGUUCUUCGACUUUUCGGGAAGAACACAGAGGACCUGACCAUCCUCAGCGCCAAUCGAGCACUAGUGCCGUUAUUACGCAAAAUACCCCUCAGGCGGCUUGCAGUCUCACUUGUUCACCUGUUCGAUGGGCCCGGGUAUAACUCGGAGAACUUGAACGGGGGCUCAAGCAUACUCGCAAACUUGGCCUCAUUGCAAGGAGCAUUCGUCAACGUCACCCAUCUCGAGCUAUUCGACUUUCUGCAUACCGAGCCUUUGUCAGCAAUGGGCUACCUCUGUGCGCCAUCUCCGUCCUGCCCAUUCAACCCCCAGCCGAGCCCACUUCCAUCGCUGACCCAUCUUUGUCUGCACUCAUUCGUACAUCGCAACCAGCUCUUGUUCGUUUUAGAACACAACCCGCGCCUGCAACUCCUCGUCAACGUCCACAGGGACACAGAGCCAGAGUGGGGACUGGGGGACAUUGCAGGCCGGUUGGCGAUAACUGAAGAUGUGCGAUUCGUGCUGAUGACGAUGGAGGUGUCCCUUCCCGCACAUGCACGGAGAUGGGAGUCUGCUAGACGUGGGCUCGUUGCUAAAGAAGAACCGAGAGACUUUUGGGUCAUGGCAAAAGCGUUCGUCGAGAAGCGCAAGGCUGGGACGGUGCUUCCUGCAUGGCGCUGCUGGAUAAUGGCGGAGGAUUUCCAGGCUGAAUGA